UUAAUCGUCCAAUCAGAGCACAGCAUGUCUUUAGGACAUAUCACAUGGGGGUUUGGCUUCAGGCAAAAAUCGCAUUCGUCUUAUUUAUUGUCGCUUUAUCACUGUUGUAGGAAGUAAGUAAAAAACUUAUAUAUACGCCACUUCUGACGUUCAUUAGUAACAGGUUAGCAAACUCAUGGAUAUAAACGGGCCUCUCUCAGCAAGGGCUAAUGCUUUCAGUAUCACGUCUCUUAUGUCGGGUCCGUUUGCCGACUCCUUUCUAGGGUCCCUAGGUGGAGCCUUUGGGUACCAGCAGGUCCCUCCUCAGAGAAGUACAGAUUGUCUUUUCGAGUGGGGACAAAAUGGAGGAUAUGGUGUAGGAAUCAAGGGAAUGGAAGCAUGCAUUUUAAAUGCUGGAACAGGAAGGCCCUACUAUGAUUCUUCGCGUAUAGAUACAUAUCCAGAUAGUUCUGCUCGACCCCCCGGGUCAACUGGAAUCAAUGAGGGCGUAUGUGAGAAAACAAGCCCUGGUAUUAGUUGCGAUGAAACUCGGACAUGUGUAAAAGAAAACUGUGACGGAGAAAAUACAGGAAUGGAAGACAAAUCGGACACGCCCAAAAAACCACUUCAUUCAAAACUUUUGAACGUUAGUGCUCAUCUAGAAAUGAAAUCUCUUUGGGACGAAUUCGACGAACUCGGAACAGAAAUGAUUGUUACCAAAGCCGGCAGGCGGAUGUUCCCCACCUUUCAGGUUCGAAUGUAUGGCCUUGACCCCAUGGCGGAGUACAUGGUGAUGAUGGACUUUGUACCUUGUGAUGACAAGCGGUAUCGCUACUCCUUUCACAGUUCCAGUUGGGUGGUGGCAGGAAAAGCUGAUCCACAUAUGCCUGGACGGAUCCACGUGCACCCAGACUCCCCCGCUAAGGGGGCUCAGUGGAUGAAACAAAUAGUGUCGUUCGACAAACUAAAAUUAACAAAUAACCUAAUGGAUGACAAUGGCCAUAUAAUCCUGAAUUCAAUGCAUAAAUAUCAACCACGCUUCCACGUUGUAUACGUUAAUCCUAAAUCUGAAGAUUGCUCAAACACAGAAAACUUCAAGACUUACAUUUUUCCUGAGACCAAGUUUAUGGCAGUGACAGCCUACCAAAACCAUAGGAUAACACAGCUCAAAAUAGCUAGUAACCCGUUUGCCAAAGGUUUUCGGGAUGUAGAUCCCAACGAAUGUAUGGUUGACGUCAUAUCUCACCUAAACCCCUGCUCCCGUCCACGGAAUCAACACCGCCCAAGUUCAUUGCAUAUCUCAAACGUCACCCGGAAGCGGUCCUUAGACGACAAAGAUAAAUGUUCCUCUGAAUCAGACGAUUCCACGUGCAUGUCCCCUACUGGGGUAGUGAACCAUGGACUGUCGACCGCACCCCUCAGACUUCCUCCACGAGGAUCAUAUACAGACAGUUAUAACUAUGUUCCCUACUCUCACGAGACUUACAUGAUGACAUCAAAAUCUCGCCCUUCGCCAUAUUCUCGCAGCAUGGAAUACCAAUCAUUUCACCACGCAAGAAUGAAAGAAAUUUACCAAGGAACAACGUGUGGCUAUAAUUUCUAACGUGUGUGUGUGUGACUUGUUCGUAUGUUGUGUUCUAAUGUGUUCCCGUAUGUGUUCCCGUAUGCGUUCCAAGAAGUGUGCGUUUAGAAAAUGUUUUAAAAAGAACACACUGAAUAUCAUUAAAAUGGACUUUAACUUCAACAAUUCCAGAAAUAUGUUCCCGUAAACAUGGCUUCGUCACGCUACUUUUUUCAGGUUGUUGUAAGGGUAUUUUAAAAAGCGUCUGUUCCCGAAAUAAGGGCAAUUUUGUCAAAAUCUAAAUUUGGUUUGAUAUCCUGUUUAGAUUACCGGAAACAUUUUCUGUAUUAAUAUAUGUCACUCCGUUGUCAAGGUCAGUAAUGUAAAAGAUAUGUACUGUGGGUUUGUCAAGGUCAGUAAUGUAAAAGAUACGUACUGUGGAUUUGUCAAGGUCAGUAAUGUAAAAGAUACGUACUGUGGAUUUGUCAAGGUCGGUAAUGUAAAAGAUAUGUACUGCAGAUUUGUCAAGGUCAGUAAUGUAAAAGAUACGUACUGUGGAUUUGUCAAGGUCGGUAAUGUAAAAGAUAUGUACUGCAGAUUUGUCAAGGUCAGUAAUGUAAAAGAUAUGUACUGCAGAUUUGUCAAGGUCGGUAAUGUAAAAGAUACGUACUGUGGAUUUGUCAAGGUCGGUAAUGUAGAAGAUGCGUACUGUGGAUUUGUCAAGGUCAGUAAUGUAAAAGAUACGUAAUGUAGAUUUGUCAAGGUCAGUAAUGUAAAAGAUAUGUACUGCAGAUUUGUCAAGGUCAGUAAUGUAAAAGAUACGUACUGUGGAUUUGUCAAGGUCGGUAAUGUAGAAGAUGCGUACUGUGGAUUUGUCAAGGUCAGUAAUGUAAAAGAUACGUAAUGUAGAUUUGUCAAGGUCAGUAAUGUAAAAGAUAUGUACUGCAGAUUUGUCAAGGUCAGUAAUGUAAAAGAUACGUACUGUGGAUUUGUCAAGGUCGGUAAUGUAGAAGAUGCGUACUGUGGAUUUGUCAAGGUCAGUAAUGUAAAAGAUACGUAAUGUAGAUUUGUCAAGGUCAGUAAUGUAAAAGAUAUGUACUGCAGAUUUGUCAAGGUCAGUAAUGUAAAAGAUACGUACUGUGGAUUUGUCAAGGUCAGUAAUGUAAAAGAUAUGUACUGUGGAUUUGUCAAGGUCAGUAAUGUAAAAGAUACGUACUGUGGAUUGUCAAGGUCGGUAAUGUAAAAGAUACGUACUGUGGAUUUGUCAAGGUCAGUAAUGUAAAAGAUAUGUACUGUGGAUUUGUCAAGGUCGGUAAUGUAAAAGAUACGUACUGUGGAUUUGUCAAGGUCGGUAAUGUAGAAGAUACAAACUACAGAUUUGUCAAGGUCGGUAAUGUAAAAAAUACACGUACUGCAAAUCUAUAUAUAUCUUUCUUCUACCUCAUGGCAAUUAUACACAAUAGAUGCAGUUGUAUUUUAGAACUUAUAACUGAAGAAUAGUUAAAGAGGAAAUUAGCAUACCUUUUUAUUUUUAAAAAGAUCUUCCUGAGACCGGUCUACAUUAGCUAACGACUAGCAAAUGGACAUAUCUUUAUUCUAGAGAGACUAAAACUAAACUAUUUUUUAUUCUAUAAUGUAAAGCAAACGAACUAACACUAAAUCAUAUGUAUACAAUUUCCAGAGUAGUUUUUUAUGCUUGGAGUUAUUAUGACGGUUUCAUUGCAAUAAUUACCAGCAAGUAUAUGAACUAAAUUCGCUGUUUUUAUAAUUUAGUGGCUAAAGCAUUCACGAAAACAAGGGAUAUCUAUACCAUACUACACCAGUAAGUAGCCAACAAAUAAUUCAAUGACGGAGGAAAACACAAAUAUCUUAAAUUUGUAAUAACUGGAAAGCGAAAAUAUAUAUCUAAAAAUACAUUUGAUGGUGACACAUUCAAAUUAAAGUUAUUGUCAGUCUUUAGGGAAUAGCGAUUACUAUUAAGCAUAUGAAAUAUUUAAAAAAAAAUCAUAUAUUUCAUCAAAUCAACAAACUAUCAAUAUUGUUUUAAUAAAUCUGAUCUAUAAUAGUGUAUAUCAUGAAAUGUUCCUGUGUGCUUUCUUUCGUGGUUUGGAGCUUUCAAAUAUACUUUUGUUGCUACAUGAUUUCGUGGCUAGCCAAUACCACAAUAAUAAAACAAUAAUGCAUACAGUAACAUUAGUUACAUUUAUAUCCGCGUUUCCAUAGCAACCACGAAAAGUUUAUACACAGCGAAUUAUACACAACAUAAGUUUAUACACAGCGAAAAUUUAUACACAACAUUGUCAACAAAAAUGUAUACACACCAAAAGUUUAUACACACCAAAAGUGUAUACACAAAUUUAUACACAGCGAAAGUUUAUACACACCAAAAGUGUAUACACAAAUUUAUACACAGCGAAAGUUUAUACACAAUAAAAGUUUAUACACAGCGAAAGUUUAUACACAGCGAAAGUUUAUACACAGCGAAAAUUUAUACACAACAAAAGUUUAUUCACAACAAAAGUUUAUACACAACGAAAGUUUAUACACAAAUUUAUACACAGCAACCUUUUAUACACAAUAAAAGUUGAUACACAGCGAAAGUUUAUACACAACAAAAAGGUUCGUGCUUUACAGCAUUAAGAGUGUGACAGCGUUUGUGAAUAUUGAUUUGUACAAUGGUUUUGAAGAGAGCAUUCUUUAUAUAUAUACACGUGCAUUAAACAUGCGUAUAUGAAAAUCGCGUGGUAUGUUACGUGCAUGUGUAUUUGCAUCACGUGGUCAUGUUAUGUGUCCCUAAACCAUGAUCGUUCUAUUUAUGAGUUAAUAAGUGUUUCCUUUCAGAUUAUAAAAAUCCAUUUAUGAAUAUUAAAAUGUUUUUUAUUUAAAAAAAAAACAAC